AAACCCUACCACUCCAGCACCAAACCGCAGAAGAACUAUAGUGUUGGGUUUGGCUGCGAUAGAGUUAAUUUUCUUCACAGUAGCUGGUAUGGGCUAUGUUUUGGAUUUGUGCUGGAAACAGUGCUGAUAAUUCAGGGAUGUUUUCAUUUUUCCUGAGCAGUGCUUACACGCAGCCAAGGCCUUUUCUGCUCUUCACACUACCCCACCAGUGAGUGGGCUGGGGGUGCACAAGGAGUUGGGAGGGGACACAGCCAGGAGAGCCGACCCAAGUGAUAGCCCAUACUAUGUGGUGUCAUGCUCAGCAUAUAAACCAGGGGGAAGAAGAAGGAAGAAGGGGAAACGAGGCAUGUUUGGCGUGAUGGCAUUUGUCUUCCGAAGUAACCGCUACAAGCGAUGGAGCCCUGCUGUCUGGAGAUGGAGACAUCUGCCUGCCGAUGAGAAGUGGGAGACCAUUUUAAAGAAAAACCAUGGGCACCUGUCUACAAAAGCAAAGCAGAGGGGAAAGCGAAAAAACAAAAAAAUUAAAGGUAAUCCUACAGAAAUCACAAAGAAGAUGUUAGGUGGAGCAGCUCAUCAUCCAGUUCCAGAUGACCAGGACACAUCAGGAAGUGAAGAGGAUUAUCUGGAAGAAGAAGACAGCAAAUCAUUGUGUAUAUUCAGUGAAGGUCCAGAGGAUUCAGUAACAGUUUCUGAAGAACAGCCUAAUGGUGAUGAUGAAAGCCUGAAAGAAGCUGCAGGGGUUUUAAGAGAAGGGUUUCCCAUAUCUGUGUCUGAGGUCUCAACAAUGACCAGCAGCACACUGAAAAAUGAAUUGCCUGUGGAAAGCGACAGUUCACUUCUAAUAGAUCUAAAACCUUUUUCUACUGAUAACCUAUCAAAAAAUGCAGUAGAUAAUGAGGAAACAAACAUAGAAAAUCUUUGCAGGAGCAGUUUCCUAAAAAUAAGCAAUGAGAAAAAUUCUAUCCAGGAAACAGAAGGUGUCUCUGAAGACUGUAACAUCCUACUGUUAAGCAAAGAAAACAAACUCAGAUCAUAUCAAAGUACACCUGAACCUGACAUGGAAGCUAAGCUGUUAAGUUUAAGUGGUGAAGGGAAAGAAAUCUUUCAGUGUUACAAUUCAAAUAUACAUGAUAAUGUGCCUGGUAAUAACACAGAGGACACAUGUGCAGUAAAAGCAGAAGAGAACAGCUCUAAUGCCCAGGCUUUUUUUCCAAUUAAUUUCCAGUUACCUACUGAGGAAUUGCAGCUGGGCUUUGAUACACAAGUUUCUCUCUCUUCUUGGUCUGAGAAUAAAUCUGUAGGUGAACAAAGGCUCCCAAAAAUGAGAAAACCUAAACAGACUCAUAUGAACAGUUCAAAACAGCUAAAAUGCCGUUGGUCAAAUGAAGGAUUGGUGAAGGAAAACCGUCGGGUAACAGUAACUGAGGAGGCUGAUAAUGUAGUAAGUAAUGGUCUGUCAGCACUUGCAGCUGGUGAAGUGCACUUUCAUUCCCUGGUGGGAGCCAGGGCCACCUUCAUUCAGUGUUCAAGUGAAGUAGAUAUUCCAAGAAAUGAUGCUGUACAAAUGACAUCAAAGAGAAAAAGACACAGAAGAAUUGUCAACUUGGCACCAAAGUUCAAUCUACCAAGACAGAUUGAUGGUAGUACAGAUGGAGGGAAGGAAGUCCCAAUAAAAGAUAAUGUUCCCCAGAAAAGUGUUCUGGAAGUGGGGAAAAAGAGCUUUCUAUGCAAGGACCACAGAGAAGAAUGUGAACAGGACCAUGCAUUGCAGGAAUAUUCUGCAGCUUUCAGUGGCACCAAGGCAACCUAUUCCAUGCCUACUUCCGACUCAGAUGUUCUGUUACAUGGUAUUUCUUGCAUUCAUUUGGGACAGUCUUCUCCUAUGCCAAAAUAUUCCUGCAGAGUUUGUGUGGUUUCCGGGAUGAAGAAGGAACAAGCUAGAGCUCUUCAGCAACAGGAGGUAGUUGAUAAAACAGAGGGCGAAAGCGAACAAGUUUCUUCAGAGGUUACAAAUAGCCGACCAGAUAUUUUGUCGUCUGUGAAAGUUGUUUCUGAAUGUUCCGAAGAUUCCAGUAUGCUGGCAAGCUGCAGUGAAAACAUGCAGGAAGCAGAUGACACUGAGCCAGCAGAGGCCUCACAACUCAAAGAUAAUCAACAUGUGAAUACGGCAUAUAAUUUUCUGGGACUUCCCUUAUCAUUAGGAUUUGCUUUUCAGCUUGUGCAGCUCUUUGGUUCUCCAGGUCUUCCACUGGAAUCCUUGUUGCCAGAUGAUUAUAUAGUUCCUCUUGACUGGAAAGUUUCAAAGAUGAUCUAUUUACUGUGGAAGACCUCUGUGGAGGAAAAACAGAAAACAAGCGGAUUGCAGAAUAGAAACGCUUUGGCCGAUGAUUUUAUUGGUCUUGAAGAUACACACAAAAAUCACCAAGAGAAUCAAGACUCUUCUGAAGCACUUGAAGUAGUGGAGCUGUUUCAAGGGAUGAUAGAGGAGAACACUGUGGCCUGCACUGGCACUGGCUCUCUGGAUGCCGUGUCUCAUCAGCCAUGACUGACUAUAUUAAAUUCUGCAUGAUGGAAAAGAAACUUCUCACUUUGAUUGCACCAUGGAAGGACUUCAGUUGGCCACUGAAAAUUUUAAACGUGAGGAGUAACCUGGAAGGAAGAAAAACACUGUAGAUUCUUGGCAUGAAUCUUUGGCCACCUUCUCCACAGCCCCCUGACAGCAAUCUCUCUGUCCACGUGUGAAAAGUCAAAAUUGAGAUAACUCUGUUGUGUGUGCCAUAGGGUCACUUUCUGAAGCCCUUUGGGAUUUAUACCUUCUUAGUACAUCCUUGAGUGUAGUACAAAAAGAUUGAGAUAAGAAACCUGUAAGCAGAAAGGAGAUGUCUGUCAGCAUGAGGUGUGAGCUUCAGACUCUGGUAUUUAAUUCACUUGUAUCAGGAUCCAAGAUGUUGCCACAUCAGCUGGUACACGAACUGGUAGUGAUGCCUACCUGCAGGGAAAGGUGCCUGUUAUGUGUCUUACCCUACUUCUGCUUUUUAUCCUGCCAGUCAUAAUCACACCCCAGUCUGUUUACAACCUCAGGUGGAAUGUUUUCAUCAGUAACUCCUAUUCUUUCACCCAGAGGUGCACAACUUACCACUUUUUCUCCUAAAACUAGGCUUAGUGGUUCCCUUCAACUAGACUUAUUUGGGACUAUAGAAAUAAGGAGAAAAUUCACUAUAGAUCUGGUUCAGACACAUUGGAGGUGAGGUGCAUAUGGUUUGUGGUAGAUUGAUAAGCCUUAUAAGCACUGGUAAUGAGUGAUUUGAUAUUUCUGUUAGUAGUAUUGCUUUUGCCAUUUUUUACUUAAAUUCUUAUGAUUUAAGCCUGAAGCAGUUGCUUCCUCUUUUUU